AUAGUAGGCAUACGACAAAGUAUACUUCAUAUUUAUUGUCAUGUAAGACACAUCACUAUAGGUUUCUUGGAUUGUAAGAUUUCUACCAGGCAAGGAUAGCAAUUCAGCCCUGAGCAAAAACGAAUAAAAAAUACAUUACGUUGUCAAUAUGCAUUGAUUACAGAGAAUAAGUUUGUACAUUUUUUGAAGUUUUACUUUUCGAACAAACGCUUUUCAGAGUGAAUGUUUGGAUUCCACUGACGAUACAGAACUGUCUGCGACUUCGUUGCGACAUUUUAGUUUUUGUGUUGGUAGAAAUGUACCUUGCAGCGAGCUGUCAUCGCGUCAAACAGCAUUCAUUACAGUCAGCUGCAGCAGUGUGAGCAGUGGGGGUGUAAGUGACACAGUUUAGAUUCUCGUGCUCGUGGAAGUAAAACAAUUGUUUUGUGAAGUGUCUGGUCCCAAAUCACUGAAGAAAAGAGAUUCAUCUGCAUACAAAAUUCACAUUUAUUAAAGGUACAAAAAUGUCUAUGUUGACUGGGCCAAAGAUUCAAGAAGAAAUGAACAACAUACCAUUAGCUGAUGAUGAUCCUCAGGUUAUAAUCCAGGAUGACACAGAAGCAACAGAAGUCUCCCAGGCUUCAGAAGCUAUGAUACGUGGUCGAAGCUUAGACUCGAUUCCUUCAACAUUCACAAAUGGGAGUAGCAGCCCUGGACCAAAUAGUUUAGACCCAGACAUCAGUCCUGAUGAACAAGAGGAAAAGGCUCGCUUGAUAUCACAAGUCUUGGAAUUGCAGAACACUUUAGAUGAUCUUUCACAACGUGUUGACAGUGUUAAAGAAGAAAAUUUAAAACUUCGUUCAGAAAACCAAGUGCUUGGGCAGUAUAUAGAAAAUUUAAUGUCAGCCUCGAGUGUCUUUCAGUCAACAUCCCCUAAAACUAAAAAGAAGUGAAUUUACUGCUUAAGUAUUUGUUAAUUUUCAAUGUCUCUAUUUGCCUUCCAGAGGGUUCAUUGCACACAUGAUUUCUGCAUCACAAAUCUGGUUGGUAACUGCUUCCUGUUUGAUUUUAACAUGUGCAGCAGCAUGUGCAGUUCUUUUACAACCAAUAGUAGCUUAUUGGUGUAUGCCUUGUGCCUAUUUACUGCGGGAAGCACUCUGAAUUGUGUUGAAUUAUUAAUAUAUAAUCAUCAACUAAGCAUUUCACCCUCUGUCAAGAAACAUUUGAGAGACAAUGAUGAAACAAUAUUAUUUGGUCAUGACUUGUCGCAUUAUAAAAUAUAAUAUUCUUCUAGAAAUUCUCUGUGAAAGUAUUGCCAAUCAUCAGUGUCAAAGUUAAUCAUUAAAAACAAGUUUUAACAGGCAUUACUAAUAUGCAAAAGUAUGUCAGUUACUAUUGCACUAGAUCUGCAAUUGGUCUCUCAGAUGAAGGUCUGCAGUUUAAUCUAAAAUGACUUAAAUCAUAGAUAUGUUAAACUGUGUUUAUGCCAGCAUUGUAACCAUUAUUUACUUGUUCAUUCAGAUUAAUUCUUUAUAUGUGUGUUAUGUUGAAGAUUUUAAUUACAUGUCCAAAGAUGUAAUUGAAGCUGUAUUUUUAAAAAAAUUGCCAAAGACUAUUUGUGUAUUAGAAUAAUUUUCAAAAUAAUUUAAAUUAAUUAUAUUGUAGCUAACGUUGCAACUAUAAUAAAUCCAGUUGCAUAAAUAUCUCUUGUUUUGUACAGAUAAACCCCAUUUUAUCAACAGAAAAUUGAUUUUCCCUUUUGUUUUUAUGCCAAAAUGGUAUGAAGAAUGAUAAUGUCGUAUGGUUAAAUGAAAUUAAGUAACUGAUGGUAAAAGUCCUCGUUUUAUUGGUCGAAGAGUGAUCAAAAUACAUAAGUGAAAUGGUUAACAAGGUAUUAAACAUAUUAUGAAAAAAG